ACGAAAUAUUUUGUAAAUAGAGAAGCUGAUCGAAAAUAAUCUAUCGAUUUUACUACUGAUUAGUUCAUGAGAAUUGUAUUAUCAAUUAGAUUAAAAUAAACCACCAUAUCAGAAUGGAUAUGAAACGUAACCAUUUUAUACCAACCCCACUAGGGCUUCGUGAACGUGAAAGGCAGGGCUUAUCACUGACAAAUUCCAAACAGAUCUUGUUUGGGCAUCGGACUGCACUGUCGCAGAGCCUAUUUAAAACCGAUCUUCGUGGUCAUUUUGGUUGCGUCAAUGCAAUUGAGUAUUCAAGUGAUGGAGAACUAAUUGCUUCUGGUGGUGACGAUAGACGUCUUCUUAUCUGGAAUGUUGCUCAGACAAUUUUCAAUAAAAAGAAACCCACUGUGAUAGACACACUUCACAUAAGCAAUAUCAACUCCUGUUGUUUUGAUGUGGAUAAUAAAAAAGUUGCCACUGGCGGCAAUGAUGGACAAGUCAUAGUUCACGAUUUCAAUGUUUGUCAGUCCACUGCUGUGUACGGGUUAAGUGACGCCAUCUACUGCCUUUCUCCAGACCCUGUUAAUUCCACCAUCCUUGCUACAGCCAGUGAUGAUGGGAAAGCCUUAAUCCUGGACACUCGUCUACCAGUAGAUAAUGGUCCCUUUGUGUUGGCUAAUCAGGACUCUGCUAUGCACUCUAUAAUGUUUAACCCACUAGACCCCAGACUGCUGGCCACAGCCAACUCUAAACAUGGCAUUGGACUCUGGGAUAUAAGGAUGCCACUAAAGUCACUGAACUACAAAAGUAAUGUUCUCAACUGUAUGAGUGUUCGCUUCAACAGUCGAGGUGAUAGACUGUUAUCCCUCCGACGACGUGCCUCACCCAUUCUUUACGACAUUGGUAAAAUGCAUCCUAUCUAUGAGUUUGAUUUUGAGACGUACUACAAUGCUUGUACAUUAAAGAGCUGCAGCUUUGCUGGUCUUCAUGAUGAGUAUGUCAUGUCUGGAUCAGAUGACUUCUGUAUCUACUUAUGGAAGAUUCCAACCAACUUGUCUGAGGGCUAUAUUCAGUGCCAUCCCCACAUGGUUUUGAAGGGCCACAGAUCUAUAGUGAAUCAAGUCCGCUACUGUCCUCACAACCAGUUCAUCAUUUCAUCAGGAGUUGAAAAGUUGAUCAAGCUGUGGAGUCCAUUCUCCGUGCCCAACUGUACAGGUGAGCUGGUGCAGCAGGCAGGUCAUGUGACUGAGGUGGAGAGAAACGCCUACAGCCACGAGGAGUACAUCCACAUGGUACUGCAGGCGGGCAGUUUCCUGUCACAUGACUACAGCCAUGGCAGCACGGAGGAGGAGCCGUGCAUGAUCGCAUUCUUUGACAGCCUCAUCCAGCGGGAGAUUGAGCAGAACAUUGACUCGGAUGAUGAUAUAACGAAUAGUUCCGACGACAACAAUAACUCGCCUAGUGACGCCGGUGGGGGGGCGGCGGCCGAUCCUAGGGUUGGCCCGGAACCCAGUAGUAGUCUGCCAGAUGUUGUAGCAGACACACCUGUGAGUCUGGAGGGAGAGGAUGCUAGUAGCACCCGCGACACUGUAGGGAGUGCAUCCAGCAGGUUAGAAGAAUCCUCCCGUCCUCUCUACAUGGACCUCGACACCUCGUCUGACUCGGACAGUGAAGUGGAUGAGAUUCUCAGCGCCAUGUACUCCAGGUACAUGACCUCCAGGGAAAAGGCCUUGAACUCUGGCUCCCAGCCCAGUGGGAAGAAAAUCUCCUCGGUUAUAGCUAAAGGUAAACAGAAAACCUAUGCGUUGAAGCGGGCGGCCUAUCCCAAAAAACUUGAGCGGAUCAGGGAGUACCUGCAGCACAGCGGGGACCAGUACCUGAGGGACAACGCCACAAACAUGAAUAUAUUAGUGGACGUCAUUGAGAACUUUGUGGACAAUCUGGUGGCCAGUGAUUCCUCCAGUAACAGCCGGGCGCUGAGUGACACAAAUGAUGGGCAUAUGAGCGCAGACUUGGCCCACAACAAUCUGUCUGAAGCCCAGGAGGAAGUGGCCCAACAGACUAUAACCCUUGAGACUCCACCAUCUCCACCAAGUGCCCAGACAUCACAAAACAGAAGGAACAUUCCAUUAGCUCUGGAUUCAGGCUUGUAUUUUAUGCCAGAACUGCAAGCUUUUGCUCCGGAUAAUUUUAACACCGUUAUAAACAUUGACCAAUCAUCUCGUGGUCAUGGCAACCAGGCCGCCGCCUCAAAUUCUAGUCCUUUAUCCAGUCCAGGUAGCAGCUCUGUGAAUACUAAAAGAAAGUCUUCAUGUACAGAAGCAUCGCAAAAACUUUCCCCACGUGCGUCUUGUAGUAAAACCGAGACAAACUCCGCCCAAAGCCAAACACCCAGCAACCCCUUCGCCUCUGUGACUCUAGACAGAAGCAACUCUGACGCCUCUUUCAGGGCUUUCAUCAGAAAAAACAAUUCCAAGUGUGCGUCUGGCUCCAAGGACAGUGAGCCCAGGUGCUCCAGGUCCAACGGAGCCCACACGACUGGCAGCGAGGCGUCUUGUAGUGUGAGGUCCAAACUAUGCAUGAACUCUGCGCAAGUGACAUCACAUCCUGCCCAGACAUCAGAGUUGAGUAGAGGAGAUUGUACCCCCACACAUCAAGCUGUAGGCAGCAGCCUAGCUACUGCUGGGCCUUCUAUAAAUAACCCACCCACAGAUUCCUGUUCCCCAUCAAAGGAGAGUAACUCUAAUGGCAAAGUACAGUUCAAGAAAGCCAAAUUGAAAGGAAGGAAGUUCCGUUUACAUAGGUCAAACUCAUCAUCCAGUGAAGAUGGUUGAGAUGUUUCAAGUUAAUUGUUAUAAAAAAAAUAUGUUAUUUAAUAUAAUUAUUUUGUUGUAUCCCUUUAUUUUUUUCAAAAUGUUGCCUAAACUUAUUGGUAGCUAGUCGAGAUUUUAUUUGAAUUGUUUUAUCUUUGUCACAUUUGGUGUGUAGACAGUCAUGCCAUAGUAGAUCAUUAUCUCCCUUCUCUCCAGCCAACCUCAGUUCUCUGUCCUGAGCCAUUGGGUCAGUGUUUGACCCAUCUGAUUGGUGUCUGCUCUUGUUGCCAGAUAUUUUGGCUACUUCACCAACUUUGGGAAUUCCACUUUGGUGGAUUUCUGGUGGAUGUUUGAGAUUUUAACAACCAGUACCUG